AUGACAGACCAGACGCCCUCGACAGGCGCUGGCCGCGCCGAUGGGUCUGAGUCUCCCCAGCUGCCCAGCUACGCGCCACGCGACGAGGAUCAGGGCAGCGUGUCCUCUAGGCACGAGGAAGACCUGGCAACUCCAUUGGCCGACGUUGGGCGACUCGAGAACCAAGUCAAAGCCAGCACUGCUAGGCCCAAGGUCGAUGACGACAGGCACGACGAGGAGGACGAAGAUGACGAAGACGAAGCCAGCAAAGAUGUCGAUGAAGACGACGAGGACGACGAGGAUGAGUAUGACGACGAAGAUGAAGAACCACAGCUCAAGUAUGCGCCCAUGACACAGCACCUGCGCCCUCUCUACCGCAAUGGCGAUGCAACGAGUUCGUUCCUCGUGGCAGGGGACAAGAUGAUCGCCGGUACACACAACGGCAACAUUCACGUCAUUCAGCUACCUGUCUUUCAGUCACUACGGGUGUAUCAUGCACAUGCUGCGUCCGUGACAGGCAUCUCGAUAUCCCCGUAUCCCCCGCCUCUCCCCAGCGACAAGCCUCAAGUUCCGGCACGAAGCGCCACCCACGCAUCCCAGGAGCGACCCGGCUCGCAGCAGUCCAAUGCACCGAUAGUCUCAUCUCGAAAGCCUCGCGAGGCUCAGCAGGUGCCAAAGACGGCCUCAAACGACAUCUACAUAGCAACCUCGUCCAUGGACGGCAAUGUCUGCGUUCAGUCCUUGGUAGACCUGAAGGAUGUCCAGUUGCGCAAUUUCGCGCGGCCGGUGCAAGCCGUUGCACUCUCGCCAGAAUACAAGAGCGACCGGACCUAUAUCUCAGGCGGUCUUGGCGGGCAGCUUAUCUUGACCAUGGGUGGAGGACCAGGACGCAGCACGUCCACCACAACGGGCGGCGCCGCUGCCACCGCAUCAGGAUGGCUCGGCAGUAUGGGUCUUGGAUCGAACACGGGCAAGGACACAAUCUUGCACUCGGGUGAGGGCACAAUCAGUACCAUCCAGUGGUCGCUUUCCGGAAAGUAUGUCGUCUGGCUGAAUGAACAUGGCAUCAAGAUCAUGAGGUCCCACCUGCAUCUCGACAGCAAUCACACCGAUGAUGCGUGGAAGCGUAUUGGUCACAUUGACCGUCCUAACACAGACGAAUGGGAGACCAUGGCUGGUGUCUGGAAGGGGCGGGUUGAAUGGAUAGAUGAGACUGCAUUCGAGACGCAGCCAGUGAACGCAGGCUCCCAGGGAACGCCGGCAAUGUCAAAACUACGAGAGCAGGCGACGCUCUCUAAUAAAGGAAUUGAGCGUCUACUGGUUGGCUGGGGCGGCACUGUCUGGAUCAUACACGUCCAUCCCACCGGCAAGGGUACCGGUAAACAAGCAGGGGAAGUGAUACCAGGCGAUGCGCAAAUCGUAAAGAUUCUGCGACUCGACUGCAUCAUAUCUGGUAUUUCGCUGUACACGCAGAACCUCAUGGUGGUCCUGGCGUACGUAACGGCAGACGAUGACGACGAGCAUACGGACGACGACGAGGGUGCGCCUCACGUCAAGGGCCACAAGUCCAAGCACUCCUCGUCCUCUAUGGGAAGCCAACCAUCAGGAGGAUUGCCACGCAAAGCGAAUCACCUCCGACCCGAGUUACGGCUGAUCGACCUCGACACGUCAGAGGAGGUCAGCGCCGACAGCCUCAGCGUCAGUAGGUAUGAGCGAUUGUCAGCCAGGGACUAUCACCUGGGUAUCCUACCGCCGCGCAACGCCGCUGCUGUUGUGUCAUCGCGAGGCGUUCUCGAUGCGCUGGGUGGCAUUGGCAGCAGCAUGUGGAAUGCGACGGUCAACCCCGGAUCUCUAUUCAGCUCAGGCGCGAGCGUUCGAAGUCGAGGCAGCGGUGAAGAGGCGAGCAUCAUGACUGGUAGCGCCAGAGGGCCCAUGCGCUCGGCUUCGAACCAAGCAACGACGGUGCAUCCUAAUCUAGUCAAGCCAGGCUCGAAGAUCUUCAUCCACAGCCCGUAUGACUGCAUUCUAGCAACGAAAAGAGACCUUGGAGAUCAUUUCCAGUGGCUGCUGGAGCGACAGCAGUACAGUCAGGCAUGGGAACUUCUCGACGAGCACCCUGAGAUUUGGGCCCCGGCAUCCGAGCAGCAGACAGCCCCUCGUGGAAAUGGGGACGAACCUGCCGAUGAUGAGUCUGUCACAGAUUCAAACUACAACAAGAUGUACUCGUCUGUUGAACGUGAAAAGGGACGAAUCGGUGAGCUCUGGGUGCAGGAACUUGUCGAAGAAGGCAAAUGGCUUGAGGCGGGCAAGAUCUGCAGCAAAGUGGUGACCACGCCAGAUCGUUGGGAGAAAUGGGUCUGGGCCUUCGCCGGGGCAGGCAAGUUUGACGAGAUCACCAACAUCAUACCAACCGAGCCUACGACACCGCCCUUGCCGACAACUAUAUACGAGGUCCUCCUUGGGCAUUACAUCAAGACUGACAAGCCCCGGUUUAGAGAGCUGCUAGAUCGUUGGUCGACAGAGCUCUUUGAUGCGCGGACCGUUACAACAGCGUUGGAGAACCAGCUCAAAUAUCGCGAUGUGCGCGAGGACAGCGUCGAAGAUGGCGAGAAGGGUCGCGACUGGCGCAUUGUCGUGGAGAGUCUAGCCCGAUUGCACGAAGCCAUCGGGCGGUACCAUGAGGCGCUCAAGUGCUACAUCAAGUUGCAAGAUGCGGACUCGGUAUUUAGGCUCAUCAGGGACAGCCACUUGGCUGAGGCUGUUGUGGAUGACAUUCCCGGUUUCAUAGGUUUGAGGGUUUCGUCUGAGGAUCUACCAAACAUGUCAGAGCAAGAUCUAGAGGCUGCGACGGCCGAGGCCGUCGCACUACUCGUGGAUGAAGCCCACCAUGGCCUGGUACGCCCCGACACGGUCGUCGAGCAGCUUCAAGCUCAAGAGCUGCACCUUUACUUGUACUUUUACCUACGCGGUCUGUGGAAGGGCGAUGGCCUCGAGGAGCGCACUGGGGAGAACGUGGAUCGCCUCGUCAUGGACAGCCAGUCGCUAGUCGACAACUACGCUGAUCUGGCUGUGCAUCUAUUUGCAAUGUACGACAGGGCGCUAUUGAUGGAAUACCUGAGAACGUCGACAUCCUAUGUAUUGGAGAAAGUGAGUCUAGCCUUCCACCGGGGUAUCCAGAUAUUCAUGCUAACUGUUCAGGCUGUCCAAGAGUGCGAGCUUCACUCGUAUGACGACGAGUUAGUGCACUUAUAUUCCAAAACAGGGCAGAUGAAGCGCGCUCUGUAUCUCAUCAUCGACCGCCUCAAGGAUGUCCACAAAGCCAUCGAGUUCGCAAAAGAACAAGGCGAUGAUGAUCUAUGGGAUGACUUGCUCAACUACAGCAUGGACAAGCCUAACUUCAUCCGCGGCCUACUAGAGCAAGCCGGCACUGCCGUCGAUCCGAUUAAACUGGUGCAGCGGAUACCCGAGGGACUCGAGAUCGAAGGCCUCCGCGAGGGCCUCACGCACAUGAUGAAGGAACACGAAAUACAAUACAGCAUCAGUUCCGGUGCUGCGAGGGUCCUCCGGAGCGAAGUCGCGGGCGCGCAAAAGGAACUCCGCACCCGCCAGAGAAAGGGUGUCAAAUUCGAAGUGGUCGUCAAGUCAAAGAAGCACGUCGACAUGGAAGCCAUGGAGGCAGGCGACGACGACCAUGAGAAGACACAUGGCGUCCGCGUGCCGGAGCCAGGCCACUGCGCGCAGUGCCAUGAGCCGUUUACAGAAUAUGAGAUGGAGACGUUGCUGGGGUAUGCCUGCGGGCAUGUCUACCACGUGAGCCACUUGCUGGAGCUGUUGCAUGAUGGGAAGAAGGCGGACGUGGACCUGGGACCGCCUGCAGAAGGGGGACGGUACAGCGUGAGCAUGAAAGUGAUGCGAGCGCGAUUAUUAAGGGAUCAGGCGCGCGAUGGCUGUCCGCUAUGCCACGCGGCGUAA